GAUAUUUUGAUUUUGAGCUAACAUAGCAGUCUGUUGUAAUUACUUAGCUACAUAGCCUUGAAGGUAUCUUUAAAGAUGUUUCCUUAGGGUUGGCUACCCUCGCCUUCUCUAGAAAUCCUAAUUAUAUCUUAAUAUUGCUGGCCUCCAAUGAUUGCACUCACGUGCCAGCAGGCGGCCGCGUAUUCCCUCAAUAAAAAACACUUGUAAUAACAUUUGUAAUAGCAUAUGGCUUCACAAUAUGUUCCUGAACUGCCCGCUUUCCUGUCCAACGAGGGGUGGCAGACCCCAAAGCCAACGGCGCGGAAAUCCUCCUUAACUCGAGUUUCAAACGCGCGCGUUUACCGCAGACGGACAAAGCAGCACAGCGUCGAUAAAGCUGCACCAGGUGAGUUGUUAUGCUCCUUUCUCUUUUCUGUCGGUAACGUUAUCAUAAGCUCUCUCACUCUCGCGCCAAUUAGGCGAGGUGAGUUGAUACGCGGCGGCGGCCGAACACCGCGUACACGGCAGAGGACGUUAGCCCGCGAUCGCCAUCCGAAACGGACGUGUCGUCGAUCACGCUCCACAAUAGUUCUACAACCGUGACAGGUGUCGGUCUCGUCAUGUCCAAACCGUGAAACAGUUCUUCGUGUGUGCUUGACUGUUAACUUCCUUCCUGUUUGUAUAUCGGAUUGCUCUUCAAGUUUCCAACAUGGGCGAAUCAAUGCUGAAAGAAGAUCCCCUCUCCAGGAUUCAGAGGGAAAUUAUAGAAGUUACCGAGAGGGAGAAAGAAUUUAAAGAAGGCCACUUCAGAAUAAACAGGCUGCUGUCAGAAUCUACCAUUGAUGUUAACCACCAAAACGGCCAUGUCAAUGGCGAUGUAGAACUUAAAUCGCCCAGGACUCUUAAUAGAGCUGUAUCUACCUCACAUCUGUUGGGUCCGAUAGGCCCUCCGACACCACCAGUAACUACAGUACUUAACACUAAUGGCUACACCCGGCGGUUCACGCCACAGAACGGCACGAAAGGCAUCAUGCAGCGGUUCAUUACCAGUAAAGGCAAAAUGCCGAGCUCUCCCAUACUGCCUCCAACGCCAACUGCGAAAGCACCACCAACGUCACCAAUUUUCAUCAACCCAGUUUCUAUAACACCGGUUACAUCUCCGGUUAUAAUACCUCCAGUUGCUAUAACGCGAACUCCAGAGAAACCUAUUAGGAAAGGUUACGUGCCCGUCGAGGAGAAAAUUCAGAAAGAACUGAAGGAAAUGAAGGAUAGGGAACAUGAAUUGAAACGCAUGAGAAAGAAACAUAAACCUUUCGAUCUCGAGUUGAGUGAUAACGAAACCAGUUCGGAGUCAGAAGACGAAGAUAUUCCGUUGCCCGGAAAACUUAAAGCAACAAAGUCCAUAGGAGAGUUGUAUGAAGCACUCAAUGAGGAGAUUCGGUCACCGUCGCCGUCGAGGAACAGCUCCGGCCAGGAGUCUUUAGGCAGUCUGAAGCCAGCGAAAUCCCUGGCGGAACUCUGCGCCCUCGAACCGGGCCAAGAAUUCCUCGCACCGAGUUCCACGCGCCUUAUCGCUCAGUGGGAGUCUAUAAUUCAACAAAAGCAGGAAGCGGGUGCGGCUUAAAUUGUAUUUGUUUUUAAAUAGAAGGCUUGUGGGUUAAAAUGUGUUAUUUAGGCGUUUAACGCCAAACAUGUUCUGUGGACUACUACAAACGUGUAUCAACAUUAUGCAUCAGUUACGAAGUGUAUUGAGUGCAAGGCCGAAUAAGUGUCGACGUAUUCGGUGCGUUAUGUGAGAAAAACGAUAUCUCUGGUAGGUAAAUAUUGUAGUGAAUUAGAUCGCAAGUCGAGUGCACCAUCGUCUCAUUUUACAGACUUCACGCCCGAAGACAUCUGCAUAGUAGGUACCUAUUAUUGCGUAAACGUUGCAAAUUAAUCGAAUGCCUUGGCGCGUCAGGUUUUGUCGAUCGAUUUCUUUCGCCGGCUGAUCGGUUGUUGAGCAAUUAAUUUUCUCCAGUUUGUGAACAAUGCAAAUGAUGGUUAUCCGUAACAGCAAUUAUCUUGUGCAUGCACGCUGUUGGAAAGCGGUCGAUAUAUGAUGCGAACUCAUCUCCCGACUGUGAGUAAAAUAGUUUCUUCCUAUUGUUUGACUUCAAUCUUCGCUACUGAAAAACUGUUGGGCUGUGAUGGGAGCGCCGCUUUCCCGAUGCAAUACGGCACUGAGCGGGCCCGAGUCUAUCGCAUGUAUCUAUUAUGUUGUUACUAUAAAAAUGUAGCUUUUUCUCGGUAUUGUGAGAAAAUGCGCAAUAUUCAGUGUUACGAGUACAAAAAACAGAUAAAGGAAUCGACACCAGAGCUGUAAUAUUGUGAUCUGAUUACAAUCGUGUCACGUAUAACUUCUGCCUUCCCUAGUUGGCUAGCGAGGGUAUGUUGUAAGGUCACGAACGUUUGUUUUGAUGUUCUACAGAUAUGUUAUUUUCCUCUAUGCCUAUCACAAAAAAUCUUACGAAAUAUACUUCUUACGCAUCUACUAAACGUAAAUACGAGACGUUAAAAUAGAGAUCAUUUAAUAUAUUACAUUAAACUUUCCUUCAUUGCGUUUCUUACGCCUCGUGAGUAGUGCUUAUAAAUAUGCAUAUCUUUAAAUUAAUUUCUGUUUUAAAUCUUAUUUUCACGUAAUAUUUAUGUAAGUAGCUGAUUACUGUGAUGAGAUGAAGUUUGUGGGAUGCUGCGAGAGGGCAGGCGUAGUCGGCUGCGGGCCUCGAUGGCUUCGGAUCUUAAAGUGAAAUUGAUGUACUUAAUUAUCGUGUAUUACAUGAAGGCAACGUUUUAAACCAGAGGUUCCCAAAAUUUUUUGUGUCGUGGACCCCUUGCUAUUGUUUUCGGUUUUGGGUAGACCUGGUAUUGAUUUUUUGUAAAUUUCUAACUGUAGUAAAGUUUCUUGUUAACAACAUAAAGUUAAAACAACAAGAUGAUCGCUGUCGUAGACCCCUUGCGGUUUGUCAUAGACCCCUGGGGGUCAAUAGACCAUUUUGGGAAUCACUGUUUUAAAUUAUGCAAGUAGAAAUGUAUGUCACUACAGACGUCAAACGAAUUGUGCCUUUUACUAUAUUUGUACCUACAUUUAGAUGUUAGCAAAAUAAUGACAAAUUUAUUGAAAUUUAUAUUAUAGAGUACACGUUAGGGGUCUAUAAAUUACGUGAGCUGUUUUUUUUUUAAUAUUCUG